AUGAUUAAUGUGAUUGGAAAGUUUCGCUUUGAUACCCAUGGAAGAUUGAGGUAUACUUUGGCAGAGAAUCGACCUGCGUCCAUUGAUGCUUUCAACUACGCUCAUCCUCUGUCUUUAAUCUCCCAGCUAGGGACAGGGUCGUAUAGUGCAACGCACUUCCCACCAGCUGGUAAGGACUAG